ACGGGAGGAGCCGGGCCCAGGGAUGGAGAAAUACGAGCGGAUCCGGGUGGUGGGGCGAGGGGCCUUCGGCAUCGUGCACCUGUGCCUACGCAAGGCCGACCAGAAGCUGGUGAUCCUGAAGCAGAUCCCGGUGGAGCAGAUGAGCAAGGAUGAGCGGCUGGCAGCGCAGAACGAGUGCCAGGUCCUCAAGCUGCUCAGCCACCCCAAUGUCAUCGAGUACUACGAGAACUUCCUGGAGGACAAGGCGCUCAUGAUCGCCAUGGAAUACGCCCCAGGGGGCACUCUGGCAGAGUUCAUCCACAAGCGCUGCAAUUCCUUGCUGGAUGAGGACACCAUCCUGCACUUCUUCGUGCAGAUCCUCCUGGCCCUGCACCAUGUGCACACCAAGCAGAUCCUGCACCGUGACCUGAAGACCCAGAACAUCCUCCUGGACAAGCACCGCAUGAUCGUCAAGAUCGGAGACUUUGGCAUCUCCAAAAUCUUGAGCAGCAAGAGCAAAGCCUACACAGUGGUGGGAACUCCGUGCUACAUCUCCCCAGAGCUCUGUGAAGGGAAGCCUUACAACCAGAAGAGUGACAUCUGGGCCCUGGGCUGUGUGCUCUACGAGCUCGCCAGCCUCAAGAGGGCUUUCGAAGCUGCGAACCUUCCUGCCUUAGUGCUGAAGAUCAUGAGCGGGACGUUUGCCCCGAUCUCAGAUCGGUACAGCCCCGACCUGCGGCAGCUCAUCCUCAGCAUGCUCAACCUGGAUCCUUCCAAACGGCCCCAGCUGAACGAGAUCAUGGCCCAGGCCAUCUGCAUCCGGCCCCUCCUCAACCUCUACACAGACGUGGGCAGCGUCAAAAUGAGGAGGCCUGAAAAACCCUUGGCUCCGGUGCCCACAGUGACCCACAGCCGGACAGAGGGACGGGCAAGCAGUGCCAGGCAGAGGGGUGCCCGAUGUGGUUCAGGCAGGACAGGAAUCCCCCCUCCCCUGUCCUCCAUCUACACGUGGGGCAGUGGCAUCACCACCCCCCUGCGCCUGCCCAUGCUGAACACUGAGGUGGUGCAGGUCUCUGCUGGCAGGACACAGAAGGCUGGGGUCACCAAAUCUGGGAGGCUCAUCCUCUGGGAGGCUCCUCCCAUGGGUGCUGCUGGGGGUCCUUCUCUCCCAGGAGCCACUGAGCAGCUCCAGCCUCAGUUUGUGUCCCGCUUUCUGGAGGGCCAGUCAGGAGUGACCAUCAAACACGUGUCCUGUGGUGAUCUUUUCACAGCCUGCCUCACAGACAGGGGGAUAAUCAUGACCUUCGGCAGCGGCAGCAAUGGCUGUUUGGGGCAUGGAAACUUCACGGAUGUGAGCCAGCCCAAGAUUGUGGAGGCCCUGCUGGGCUACGAGAUGGUGCAGGUGGCCUGUGGUGCAUCUCACGUCCUGGCGGUCUCCAACGAACGGGAAGUGUUUGCCUGGGGCAGGGGGGAUAACGGUCGGCUUGGGCUGGGCACCCUGGAGUGCCACAACUGCCCCCAGCAGGUCACAGUCCCUCCGGAGCACGAGGCUCAGAGGGUCAUCUGUGGCAUCGAUUCCUCCAUGGUGCUCACAGUGAAGAACCAGAUUCUUGCUUGUGGGAGCAACAGGUGUAACAAGCUGGGCCUGGACCAGAUCAGCUCAGCAGAGGAGCCUUCCCCAGAGGACCAGGUGGAGGAGGCCACUGUGUUUGUGUGUGCCCAGUCAGCCCCCUUGAAUCAAGAGCCCAUUGUGUGUGCUGACAUUGGUACAGCACAUUCAGCUGCUGUCACAGCCUCUGGCCACUGUUACACCUUUGGCAGCAACCAGCACGGGCAGCUGGGCACCAACUCCUGCCGCAACAGCCGCGUGCCCCACCUGGUCGUGGGGCUGGAGACCAUGAAGGUCACCGUGGUGGCUUGUGGAGAUGCCUUCACUGUGGCCAUUGGAGCAGAUGGUGAGGUGUGCACGUGGGGGAAAGGAGCCAGGGGACGCCUGGGCAGGAAGGAUGAGGAGACAGGAGUGCCAAGGCCAGUGCAGCUGGAGGAGACACAUCCAUACCUGGUGACCUCUGUUGCCUGCUGCCACGGGAACACACUGCUGGCAGUAAAGCCUGUCGUGGAGGAGUCGCCUUCCCAGUGAGUGAGAGCAGCCACAUCCUGCUCUUCCUGCUGCCCACGGUGGCCUGGCUCCAGAGCUCCUCAGCUGCACUCUGAAGGCAGCAGUCUGGAAACAGAGAUCUCCUAACGAUGGUUCCCAAGGAACCAGAGCUGGUCUCACUUAUUGAAUUGUCACUGUGAACCUCCAGUGCCUGAGAGUCACUGCGCUGGACGUGCCCAGAGCUCUGGUGCUGCCUUCAGGGGGUCACACCGUGCCUCUUCCCCUCCCUGCUGGAAGUGCCUGUGUGGAAGAGUGAUGAGCACAGAGGUUGUUUUCCUCUGUGGAAACUGUUUCUGGUUACAAAGCCCAGGCUGACAGCUCCGUGUCUGAGAGAGCUGUCAGCCUUUGCACAGCAGCGUCUGGAGUCAGGGCCCCAGGCGCUGUGCUGGGUGACUAAAUGCAAACCUCUUUGC